UGGCAGCCGGCGAGCCCCGCGGGCUGCGAGCUCCCCCUGCCCCAGCCGCGCCGUCCGCUCUCUGCUGGGCGCCGAUCUGGGAAGAAAAGUCAGGAUUCCGUUCCGUUUCGCAUUCCUCCGUUCUUCCUGGCUUUCCAUACUUCGUUGUUGAGCGGCGGAGCGACGCAAAGGACGGGGGCCGGAGGACGGCGGUGCGGAAGAGGAGGAGGAGGAGGAGGAGGAGGAGGAGGAGAGCAUCGGAGGAAGGCAGGCGUCCCGCGGCCAUCGCGAGCGUCGCUGGUUGACAUGUCCUACGUGAGCCGUGCCCUGCGGGUGGCCGCCCCUCGCCGCCUGCCAGCCCCAUGGAGAAGCCCCCGACCCUACAGCAGCACGAGGGGACCCACGGCUGAGAAGAGCGUCCCCUAUCAGAGGACACUGAAGGAGGAAAGCGAUGGGAGCGCUGGGCCCAGCCGGCCACCCCCGGCCUCGGCUGAGGUGGUGGUGGUCGGGGGGGGCAGCCUGGGCUGUCAGACCACCUACCACCUGGCCAAGCUGGGCGUCACCAGCGUCGUCCUGCUGGAGAGGGACCGCCUGACGGCGGGCACCACCUGGCACACGGCUGGUUUGCUGUGGCAGCUCCGUCCCAGCGACGUGGAGGUGGAGCUGCUGGCGCACACGCGGGACGUGGUGAGCCGCGAGCUGCCGGCCGAGACGGGGCUGCACACGGGCUGGGUGCAGAACGGGGGGCUCUUCAUCGCCUCCAACAAGCAGCGCCUCGAUGAGUACAAGCGGCUCAUGUCGCUGGGGAAGGUGUACGGCGUGGAGUCGCACGUCCUGACCCCGGCGCAGACCAAGGAGCUGUACCCGCUGAUGAACGUGGACGACCUGUAUGGCACGCUGUACGUCCCCAAGGACGGCACCAUGGAUCCCGCCGGCACCUGCUCCACCCUCGCCAGAGCAGCAGCAGCCAGAGGUGCUACGAUCAUAGAGAACUGCCCCGUCACCGGCAUCCAGGUCAGAACAGACGACUUUGGGGUGAAGAGGGUGCACGCGGUGGAGACGGCCCAUGGGACCAUCCAGACUCCCUGCGUGGUCAACUGUGCAGGGGUGUGGGCGCGUGCCCUGGGCCGGCUGGCAGGCGUGCACGUGCCGCUGGUGGCGAUGCAUCACGCCUACGUGGUGACCGAACGCAUUGAGGGUAUCCAGAACAUGCCGAACGUUCGCGAUCACGAUGCCUCGGUGUAUCUCCGUCUCCAAGGCGAUGCCCUUUCCGUGGGUGGCUAUGAGUCAAACCCCAUCUUCUGGGAGGAGGUAUCAGAGAAAUUUGCCUUCAGCCUCUUUGACCUGGACUGGGAUGUUUUUAUGCAGCACAUCCAAGGUGCCAUCAACAGAGUGCCAGUGCUGGAGAGAACGGGCAUCAAAUCCACUGUCUGUGGGCCAGAGUCAUUCACGGCCGACCACAAACCGCUCAUGGGGGAGGCUCCAGAAGUCCGAGGCUUCUUCCUUGGCUGCGGCUUCAACAGCGCCGGGAUGAUGCUGGGAGGAGGCUGCGGGAAGGAGCUGGCCCACUGGAUCGUCCACGGCCGGCCGGAGAAGGAUAUGUACGGCUACGACAUCAGGAGGUUCCACCGCUCCCUCACCGACAACAACCGCUGGAUCCGGGAGCGGAGCCACGAGUCCUACGCCAAGAACUACUCGGUCGUCUUCCCCCACGACGAGCCGCUGGCGGGGCGCAACAUGAGGAAGGACCCUCUGCACGAGGAGCUGCUCCGGCAGGGCUGUGUGUUCCAGGAGAGGCACGGCUGGGAGCGGCCGGGCUGGUUCAGCCCAGGAGGAGCAGCUCCGGUCCUGGAUUAUGACUACUACGGCGCUUACAGCCGGGAGCAGCACAAGGACUACACCUACAACCAGCUGCUGGCGGAUGAGUACACCUUCGACUUUCCACCACAUCACGACAUUAUCAAGAAUGAAUGCCUGACGUGCAGAAAUGCCCUGGCUCUCUUCGACAUGUCUUAUUUCGGGAAGUUUUACCUGGUUGGCCCCGAAGCCACCAAAGCAGCCAACUGGCUGUUCAGUGCUGACGUGAGCAAGGCGCCAGGCAGCACCGUGUACACCUGCAUGCUGAACAAGCGUGGUGGGGUGGAGAGCGACCUGACCGUCAGCAGGAUCAGCCCCGGUGACCCCAGCUCCCCGCUGGCCCCAGCCUUCCAAGGUGAUGGCUACUACCUGGCCAUCGGCGGGGCCGUGGCUCAGCACAACUGGUCGCACAUCACCACGGUGCUGCAGGACAUGAAGCUGCAGUGCGAACUCAUCGACUGCUCGGAGGAGCUGGGCAUGAUGAGCCUGCAGGGCCCGCUGAGCCGCACCGUGCUCCAAGAACUGCUCGACACCGACCUCAGCAACGAGGCCUUCCCCUUCUCCACCCAUAGGCUGGUGAAAGCUGCUGGAUGCACGGUGCGUGCCAUGAGGCUGUCAUUUGUCGGAGAGCUGGGCUGGGAGCUGCACGUGCCCCGGGCAGACUGCGUCAGGGUGUACCGGGCAGUGAUGGAGGCGGGCGCGCGGCACGGCAUCACCAACGCCGGCUACAGAGCCAUCGACAGCCUCAGCAUCGAGAAAGGGUACAGGCAUUGGCAUGCAGACCUCCGCCCUGAUGAUACGCCGCUGGAAGCAGGCUUGGCCUUCACCUGCAAGCUCAAGUCCAGCAUUCCCUUCCUGGGACGGGAGGCUGUGGAAGCCCAAAAAGCCGCCGGCAUCUUCCGUCGCCUCGUCUGCUUCACCACGGAUGAGAAGGUGCCAAUGUUCGGCCUCGAGGCCAUCUGGAGGGAUGGCGAGGUGGUGGGCCACAUCCGCCGGGCAGACUUUGGCUUCGCCAUCGACAAAACCAUCGCCUACGGUUACAUCCGCGACCCUGCGGGGGGACCUGUCUCACUGGAUUUCGUGAGGAGUGGCAGCUAUGAGCUGGAGAGGAUGGGAGUGCGCUUCCCUGCCCAGGCACACACCAAGUCCCCGUUCGACCCAGACAACAAGCGAGUGAAGGGCAUCUACUGA